UACACUCAAUCCUUCAUACACUUGCCUAGAAUGUAUAAAUGAUACAACACCGAAAAAGUCACCAGCAGUCUGUUUCUGUUAUUUGUAUACAGUACAUCGUGUUUAAGUGCUUGCUAAUAAACCGUAGAAAAAUGGCCCUUCAGCUCGGAGAUCAAUUUCCUAACUUCACUGCGGAUACUACCGUUGGCAAAAUCGAUUUCCACCAGUGGGCUGGAGAUUCGUGGGUCAUUCUCUUCUCGCAUCCGGCUGAUUUUACCCCAGUUUGUACUACAGAACUAUCCGCAGUUGCCCGGCUGGUCCCAGAGUUUUCCAAACGAAAUGUGAAGCCGAUCGCGCUCUCAUGUGAUUCAGCAGAAUCACACCGCCAGUGGAUCGCCGAUAUCAAGGAUUAUGGCAAAUUGAACGAUUUCUGCUAUCCCAUCAUUGAUGACGCGAGUCGGGAGUUGGCUGUAAAACUCAACAUGCUGGACAAGGAUGAGAUAGGUGCCCAGGGAUUGCCGUUGACAUGCCGGGCGGUCUUCAUCAUCGAUAGCAACAAAAAACUGCGUCUUUCGUUGCUGUAUCCCGCCACCACAGGGCGUAAUUUUGCCGAAAUUCUUCGGGUGAUCGACUCGUUGCAGUUGACGGACAAGAAGAAGGUUGCAACGCCGGCCGACUGGAAGCAAGGCGAUUGGUGCAUGGUGCAACCCAGUGUGAAAGAAGAAGAACUGCCCGAAUUGUUUCCCAACGGUGUGACGAAGGUAGAGUUGCCGUCCGGCAAGGGAUACCUGCGGAAGGCGAACCCUUGAGUUUUGUGUUUGUUAAGAUUUUAUGCUUAUUGUGUCCUAUGCAUUUCCAUAUGAAUAGAUAGUUCGUGAAACAUAUCCAUUUGAAAAUAAAUCGAUUUAUUCGCAAUUAAUGGUAUCAAUCUAAUCUA